UUUAAAAAAUUGAAAUUUACCAAAUGUGUCAUUGUUUUCACGACCUUAGACGCUGUUUUAUCAGACGCCACUCUUGCACAACAUUAUCAAAUUGUCUGAUAAUUUAUUUAUGGAAAAUUAAGUAAUUGUUGACAUUCCAUUCGGGUGACAGCGUGGACGUAACCUCAAAUCAGCUGUUCGCUGUCACUUUGACAGCCGCUUUAUCGCGAGCAAAAAAUGUGAAAUUUUAUCAAAAACGCAAAAAAUGGUGUCGAACGGCGAUAAUUGGGUCCGUAUUUUUGACAUUCCCGAUGUCAGCAACCACCGGAAAGGCUUUACCAUCUACAAAGUUAUCUCAAUGCUUUAUCCCGAGUCUUGCCCCGACGCGAUAACGAAAAUAACAGUCUGGAAACGUUUCAACGACUUUAAGAAGCUUCAUCGCGAGAUUAAAGUCUUGCACAAUAAAUUGAACAUCAAAGAUAAAUACCCGAGUUUGCCCACUUCCAGCUACUUUAAAAGAUUUAGUGAAGAGACUGUACAGGAGCGAAGACAGAGCAUUUUGAAUUUUCUAGAAUAUGUCGGUUAUCACUCUCAGUUGUUUACUUCAAGCGAAUUUGUAAAAUUCUUUGAAACGAGUCACACGCCUGUAAAUCAGCUAAACGGUAAUAUUAAUUCAAUUAGAGCUGAUUUAAACUUACCUGAGGACCCCGAAUAUUGCGUAGCCAACUCUGAUGACGAUCGCACUAUCAGUGACACUGAUUCUGUAACGACAAGCAGCGAUUUUUUUGUCGAUUCUGUGCCUAAAUCUCGGCUAAGUCUCAACCAAUCGAGAAAUUCGGAUAACAUAAGCAUAUCCACAACCACUGAUAGUGUAACGCUAUUGGACGGUCUUAUUUACCCCACACCCCCCAACACGCCCAGUUGUGCCGAAAAUUACGCACAAUACGUCAUAGACGCUUCAAUUCAUGUGAAAAUCGCCACGGAGUUGGAAAACGAGAAGAAAUACGAGGAGGCUUUUACGGCGUAUAAAACCGCAAUUGAUAUUUUACUGAAAUAUGGGAAAGACGAUAAAAAUUACGACAGGAGACAAGUAGUGAGAUACAAAACUGAUAAAUAUUUACUGAGGGCUGAAAAAAUAUACAACAUGCAUCUGGCCCCUGAAGUACAGAGUUUGAAACAAAUCACCGAAUCGGAGGAAAACGGUCAAAAUCCCGAUCAAUACGUGCAACGACCCAUCUCAGAGUUAUACAAAUACAAAGUGGUCCGUGUUAUAGCCUCAGGAAUGUUGGUUUUGCAUUCCGAGCUCCAACAACUUUUUUAUAUUAAAGUGAUACACAAGACUAUGAAAUUUCUCAAUGAGAACUUGAUUUUGCCCGAGAAUGUGCCUUACAUGGUUAAAUUGUACAAUUAUUACAACUGCGAAAACGCCUUGUUUUUAGUGUUAGAAUAUUGCAGCGGUAAGACACUGUGGGAGUACGUGAAGUGUCGCUCCGAGGACCCUUGCGACGCUUUUCGCCCCCCGAAUGGGGCCCAAAUCCUGCGCCAAGUGCACGAUAUGGAUCUCUCCGAUCCGGAAUCGGAGCACAGCUACAGCGAUCUAAUCAACGAUUACGCGAACAACAAAGGCAAAAAAUGCGACGACGACGAUUACGUGAAAGUCGAAAGCGUUGAUAGAAACUUAAUGGACGAACCUGUCCCCGAUUUAUUGCCGGUCAAUCGACGGAAAUUCAGCGAAAUGUCGUCGAGUUUCGACUUGGAUCUCGCGCAAAAUCUCCUCAUUCCCCCCGAGUGGGUCGUCAAGUGGGCGGCGCAACUCCUCCUCGCCUUGGAGAAACUCCACGCCGUGGGAGUUGUGUGCCACGAUUUGCAAUCGCGCAAUCUUCUGAUCGACGAUGGGGGCGACUUGGUGCUCACUUACAUGUGCAACGUCAAUGAGUUUGCAACCGGAAGUUUGCUGUUGGCAGCACCGGAAGUGCUGACCUUUGAACGGGUCACAGCCGCCGCGGAUUGGUGGGGCUAUGGGGCGAUUUUGUACGAGCUUCUAGUCGGAAUGGUACUUUAAUUACUUUACUUUAAUUAAAUUAAGUUUAAGGAACAAAAAAAUUUCGUGAUUUUUGAAAGGUUGUAAUUCAUCUAAAAAUGGUCGUA